AUGAGUAUCAACAAUAAAUUAUACAAAAACAUUCAAAAUUUAACAACAACAAUCAUUGAUACAAGGUAUACUGUAACAACAGAAUCAUAUAAUGAUAAUAAUGACAUGACACGUAUUUUAACGUAUGCAAUACCACUGUCAUGUGUAGUUAUAGUUGUAGUACUUCUUGCGGCUAUUGGUUUUCAUCGACGUCAACGUGUUUUAGAAAAAUGGUCAUCAUUAAAACGAAUGAGAAAUACAAAUCCACGUUGUAUUGAAAGUACAGGUUUAAGACGUGAUUCUGAAUAUGAUUUAUGUAAUAAUGGUCUUGAUAAUGUAACAAUUAUCAAUGAAGAUAACGAAUCAGACUUUCAUAUGUCAACUAUAGCAUGA